AUGUUCAACAAAGAGAGCCUUAUCCAGUUCAUGGCUGGUUCUGGGUGCUAUAGCUUCGUUCAGAUGGUGUUACUCGUUGUUCUGGGUGCGCUGCUCGUCGAUAACGAGCACUAUCACCAGUUAUUGGGCCUGACAAUUCGUGACGUGGGCGGUGGUUUCAUUUUCACGGGUAUCUUCUACUUGUUUGCGGCGUUGCUUGGAUUUGCCACUGCUCGAACCAAGAACAAAUGUCUGUUGCUCGCUCAGCUCAUUCUAUUGGUGUUCCUACUCUUCUUUCAAACUGUUAUGGGUGGGGUCGCACUUGCCGCCAGUAGAGCUCCCAUGCUUACGUUGAGCUACGAGGCACAAGUCAUUUGCCUUACGGUAGGGAAGUACGAGGCUCUGAGUGACCAAGACCAACAGACGUGUCAAUAUUUUUUUCGCAGUGACGAAUUCGCCGGUGCCAUGCUUGUAUGGCAGUCGUAUUAUACUAAAAGUGCCGUGGGGGGUGAUGAUACGGGCUCUUAUCGUGCGAUGGUGCUGGAAUUUCAGCGAGAUAAUUUCUGUUGCGGAUAUGGACUACCCUUUCACUGCAUCGACAAUACCAGUUUAUUCCCAAGCUCUCGACCAGAUCCAGUGGUGCCUAACUGGGACAAUCAGCGUCAAGCCUGCUCUAAUACAGCAGGCAUGUAUCUGCCCACGACAGAGUGCCAAGUAGCAUGCUCCUUCGCACUUCCAAGCGGAACUUGUGGAAAAAAUCCGGCUACUGGUGUCUCACGUGGUUGUGCUGUGUUCGUGUCGAAACAGCUAAGCACACAAGUCCAAGUUAUUGCUGCCAUUGCACUAGCGCUCGCUGUCUUUCCGGUACGAUCUGCAUGCCUAUGCUUCAAGCGAAGAGAUCAAGAUGUUAUACCGCAAAUUGAGUUCACUAGCAAAGUUAAAAUCCACGCAGAAAUGUGA